AUGAGUGUUAAUGUGCAUCUCGAAGUGUACAGCUACCAGCGGUUAACAGAGACAAGUAUGGCGGAGCUGGUUGAUGAUUUUUGGAACUUUCUGACAGAAGUCGACAAAUGGAAGGUCAUUGGAAGCGUUUCUAUCACCUUUCUGACAAUUGUGCUAAUUCGCCGCAUGGCAAGGAAGAGAAAUGUUAUGGGUCGUUUAAGAAAGAAGCAGAAGCAGUUGCAGGAAGCUCGAUCGCGUCUCCGGGACCGGGUCCGAACCUAUCCUCCUCUUUCGCACCUCAAGGAACUCGAUGCUCUGCAGGUGCAGCAACGCCUUCAAGCCAAUGAAAUGACACCUCUGGAAGCUCUCCGUUUAUACCAGAAACGGAUGGUUGAUGCGUUGGAAAGUAAUUGCAUCUGCGAGAUCAUUGAAGAAGCUGAAGCAGUUGCAAUGUCAGUUUCCGCAGACGUUCAAUCACCGAUUCGCGGAAUGCCCGUCAGUUUAAAGGAGUGCACCGAGGUCGCUGGUUAUGAUUCGCCG